AUAGGGAAAUACAAUCCUGAUCGACUGCGAGUGGUUCCAUCCGAGGUCGAUAACACUUUAUCUUAUCGAGAGGAAAGGGACUCGCCCGCAAGUGAUCUGUGUUCUAUUUCGCUACCAUACGGAUCAGGGCAUACCUCAAGCUGCUUAUCUCGGCCUACAUAAUCCUCAACACGUAGCAGUCAUCCUGGCCUGCGUUUUUCACUUUGGAUUCGAUACCCUGGCUGAGCAGUCCCGGUCUUAUCCAUCGAGUCGCCAAAGCUGUUGACAUUUUGGCCUGGCUGGUGAAACACUUCUUAUAACACGGCUUGGAUUUCGGUUUGAUUUGCUUUUUCUUUCCAUCCAUAGUUUCUUUCCUUCGUGGUCGAUUGGUUUCUUGAUCAGAUGUCUCGCACCGGCGCUUUAUUCAUUCUUUUUACGCUCACUCAAUACGUCGUGGAAGUGAUCGAUGCAUCGCCAACAACAAAUAGUCAAUCAAACCAUCGCGUCAACGUCACUUUUGAAGAGGAUCCAAAAUCGCUAUGCGAACCUCGGCCACUGGAACCACCACUUUGGUCAGAGAUGGAUAUGACUUUUUACUUGUAUAAUUACCCAAACGGAACCGAAUUAAACUUGGAGCAAUAUGCAGCGCAAGUUGGCGCGGUGGAUUUUCGAUGUGGGAUAGGCAAAAUAUGCAAUGCAGGCCAACUGUGCGAAACUGUCUUUGGUCGAGAUUGGUAUGCGUUGGUGGCAGCACAAAAUUGGAAUAAUUUUGUUAACGUCCUUUAUCAAGCCACUGGGGAUGCUUUUGACACAACUGCAGACAUACUCCCGACCAUGUUGGUUGAUCUCGAAAAGGAUCCCACAAGAACCCCCAGACAUGUGACUGCUUGGUUGUCACUUGCUUCUAAUUGGAUCAGCUCUUUUCCGUCGUCCCUAUUCAAAUCAUACGGGCCUAUUGCAGGUACGAUAUGGUCUUGGGGACAACUUUCGUGGUUAGGAUUAGUGAUGACUUUGUAUCAGCUGGGAGCCUUUGGGUGGGUGGAAACUUUGAUGAUUUAUGGGAAUGGAGAAGAUCGCUUUACCCGAUCCUCCUCCAUAUCAUGGGUUUUAGGACAAGCUCAACAUGCGGUCCAAGGGAUACUUGCUAAUAUCACCCACGACGUCAUUCAAGCUGGAAUUAGUACAGGAAAAGGUCUUGUCAGCUUGAAUCAAGAUGGAAUAUUCCUUUCAGAGAUCCCAGUGGUUGAUCGACAAACCGUUCAAAAGGAAUACGAAAGAAUGUUAAAGUUGAAAACUUUGGUCAAGGUUUGGAGAGAACAAAAUGUAUUUGUUAUCCGAGGUGCCGAUCCUUGCACUCAAGAAGGCCCUGAUGGCGCAUUCAAUGAUCCGAACAGACUUUCGUAUUGCGGAAAAGACUCAAUUAUGAUGAGUAUUGUUCGAGGUGAUAGAAAUGGGGAUGGGUUUGAUCCCACGAUUUUCCGGGCUCCUCUAGUAGAAGCUAAGUACGGAUUCACAACAGAGUAUCUUACCACUUCAUCUUGGGAAUGCCAGAAGAAGUAUGGUGCUUUUGAAUUUGAUCCCCAUGUUUGCAGGAAUAUGACCAGUAUUCACAACCUGCAGAUGCAAGAUGAAUGCUCUGUCAAUCUACCAGUGUGUGAUUGCACCAGGUCAGAUACCCAGGCCGCUCUGCGACAAGGCACCUCCAUUACAAAAGCGUGUCGAGAGGUAAAUGGAUUACCUAUCUGAGUUGGUCAUAAGAAUCAAAAGCCUACCAAAAUCCCAUCUUGGAAAACAUCAAAUCACGACAUGAAUACCCCACAUAUAGAUAAUCACACUUGUAAUUUCAAGCUAUGCAACCAUUUGAGCUGAAUAGAUGUCCAAUUUGACCCCUUCAGGUUGUGCCAGGAAGCAAAUUUUAACUAUUCUUCUGACCUGGUACAUUUUACGGCUAUCAUUACUGUUGAGGAAUUCCUUGGACUUCAAUAAAUUUUUUCAUUUCAUCCUUCAGCUCUGUGGCAUUCUUCAGUUUGUAUUAAUGUUUAAAAGUUUAUCAAAUUUCCACAAGUUAUAUUUUCACCUAGCUGUCCCUUGUCUUUUCUAUGAUCAUGAUGAUAUCCAAAUAAAUUCAACCUGAGUUGAUAUAUUUCACUCUUACAUAAAUCGAGAAAUACAAAAAGGGUACUUCGUUACCUGUCAUCUGUGAGCAUU